ACCUUCCGCAUCCUGAAGAAGAGAGAUGGGCAGCUGGAGGGCUUCCAUGCAGAUCCGGCUCUACACAUAGGUUUGAGAGCAUACUCAGCAGUUUCUCAUCCAGAUCCAGGCGAUAUUUAUAGAGGGACCAGUGACAUGGAGCUGGAAGUCUACUACUGGUGACUAAGGAGGGGGACAAUGCCACUGGCUCAGCAGAGGGAAUUCCCUGUGGGGCUGUCCCUCAGGUCCUCAUCCCAACCCCCACCCCCGCACUGCACUCACACCUGCUUCGACCCCAAGCAGAUCAGAUGUGGCAGUGGGGGAUCAUGUGACGGAGAAGGGGCUAUAAAUAGCUGGAGGUGGGCAUGCUGCCCCAGACGCCUUGGGGACAGCAAGAGCAGAGGCUUAAGGAGCUACACUGGGGGAAGGACAGGGGCAAGCAGGCCAAGGCCUGGCCGGGGCUCGGGGGGAGGGAACAUGGAGCAAUCCCGGUCACAGCAGCGUGGGGGUGAACAAAGCUGGUGGGGGAGUGACCCCCAGUACCAGUAUAUGCCCUUUGAACACUGCACCAGCUACGGACUGCCCUCUGAGAACGGGGGCCUCCAGCACAGGCUCCGGAAGGAUGCAGGCCCCCGACACAACGUCCACCCCACACAGAUUUAUGGCCAUCACAAAGAACAAUUCUCAGACAGGGAGCGGGACAUAGGGAUGCCCAAGAAGACGGGCUCCAGUUCUACCGUGGACAGCAAGGAUGAGGAUCACUAUUCCAAAUGUCAAGAUUGUGUCCGCCGCCUGGGACAGGUGGUGAGAAGAAAGUUAGGGGAAGACUGGAUCUUUCUGGUGCUUCUGGGACUGCUGAUGGCUCUGGUCAGCUGGAGCAUGGACUACGUCAGUGCCAAAAGCCUUCAGGCCUACAAGUGGUCCUACGCGCAGAUGCGGCCCAGCCUUCCUCUGCAGUUCCUGGUCUGGGUCACCUUCCCACUCGUCCUCAUCCUCUUCAGCGCCCUCUUCUGCCACCUCAUCUCUCCCCAGGCUGUCGGCUCUGGAAUCCCUGAAAUGAAGACAAUACUUCGUGGGGUUGUCCUGAAGGAAUACCUCACGAUAAAAGCCUUUGUGGCCAAGGUUGUCGCCCUGACUGCGGGCCUGGGCAGUGGCAUCCCCGUGGGGAAAGAGGGCCCCUUCGUCCACAUUGCCAGCAUCUGUGCUGCUGUCCUCAGCAAGUUCAUGUCUGUGUUCUGUGGGGUAUAUGAGCAGCCAUACUACUACUCUGAUAUCCUGACGGUGGGCUGUGCUGUGGGAGUCGGCUGUUGUUUUGGGACACCACUUGGAGGAGUGCUGUUUAGCAUCGAGGUCACCUCCACCUACUUUGCUGUUCGGAACUACUGGCGAGGAUUCUUUGCAGCCACGUUCAGCGCCUUCGUGUUCCGAGUGCUGGCAGUGUGGAACAAGGAUGCUGUCACCAUCACUGCUCUGUUCAGAACCAAUUUCCGAAUGGAUUUCCCCUUUGACCUGAAGGAACUACCAGCUUUUGCUGUCAUCGGGAUUUGCUGUGGGCUCCUGGGAGCUGUAUUUGUGUAUCUGCAUCGCCAAGUCAUGCUGGGUGUCCGAAAUCACAAGGCCCUCAGCCAGUUUCUUGCUAAGCACCGCCUGCUGUAUCCUGGAAUUGUUACCUUUGUCAUUGCCUCAUUCACCUUCCCACCAGGAGUGGGUCAAUUCAUGGCCGGAGAGUUGAUGCCCCGAGAAGCCAUCAGUACUUUGUUCGACAACAAUACGUGGGUGAAACAUGCAGGUGAUCUUGAGAGCCUGGGCCAGUCAGCUGUGUGGAUUCACCCCCGCGUCAACGUUGUCAUCAUCAUCUUUCUCUUCUUCGUCAUGAAGUUCUGGAUGUCCAUCGUGGCCACCACUAUGCCCAUACCCUGCGGAGGCUUCAUGCCUGUGUUUGUGCUAGGAGCUGCAUUUGGAAGGCUGGUAGGAGAGAUCAUGGCCAUGCUGUUUCCUGAUGGUAUUUUAUUUGAUGACAUCAUCUAUAAGAUCCUACCUGGGGGCUAUGCAGUAAUUGGAGCAGCAGCGCUGACUGGUGCCGUGUCCCACACAGUCUCCACAGCUGUGAUUUGCUUCGAAUUAACGGGUCAGAUUGCUCACAUCCUGCCCAUGAUGGUGGCUGUUAUCUUGGCCAAUAUGGUGGCUCAGAGCCUGCAGCCCUCUCUCUAUGACAGCAUCAUCCAGGUCAAGAAGCUACCCUACUUGCCUGACCUUGGCUGGAACCAGCUCAGUAAAUAUACCAUCUUUGUUGAGGACAUCAUGGUACGUGAUGUGAAGUUUGUUUCAGCUUCUUACACAUAUGGGGAGUUGCGAACCCUGCUCCAGACCACCACAGUCAAGACUUUACCACUGGUUGACUCAAAAGAUUCAAUGAUCCUGCUGGGCUCGGUGGAGCGGUCGGAACUGCAGGCCCUCCUGCAGCGCCACCUGUGUCCUGAGCGCAGGCUGCGCGCGGCCCAGGAGAUAGCGCGGAAGUUGUCGGAGCUGCCUUACGACGGGAAGGCGCGGCUGGCUGGGGAGGGGCUCCCCGGCGCGCCUCCAGGGCGGCCCGAGUCCUUCGCCUUUGUGGAUGAGGAUGAAGACGAAGACGUCUCUGGGAAGAGCGAGCUUCCUCCUUCCCUUCCUCUCCAUCCCUCUACUACUGCCCCUCUGUCCCCAGAAGAGCCCAAUGGGCCUCUGCCUGGCCACAAACAGCAGCCGGAAGCACCAGAGCCUGCAGGUCAAAGACCCUCCAUCUUCCAGUCCUUGCUUCACUGCCUGCUGGGCAGAGCUCGCCCCCCAAAGAAGAAAGCAACCCAGGAUUCCACAGAUUUAGUGGAUAACAUGUCACCUGAAGAGAUUGAGGCCUGGGAGCAGGAGCAGCUGAGCCAACCUGUCUGUUUUGAUUCCUGCUGUAUUGACCAGUCUCCCUUCCAGCUGGUGGAGCAGACAACCCUGCACAAGACUCACACCCUGUUCUCACUCCUCGGCCUCCACCUCGCUUAUGUGACCAGCAUGGGGAAGCUCAGGGGCGUCUUGGCCCUGGAGGAGCUACAGAAGGCCAUUGAGGGGCACACCAAGUCUGGGGUGCAGCUCCGCCCUCCCCUUGCCAGCUUCCGGAACACGACUUCAACUCGAAAGAGUCCCGGGGGACCCCCACCUUCUGCAGAGAACUGGAACCUGCCUGAGGAUAGGCCUGGAGCCACUGGAGCAGGGGAUGUGACUGCUGCCUCCCCAGAGACCCCUGUGCCAUCCCCUUCCCCAGAGCCCCCUCUCUCCCUGGCCCCAGGCAAGGUAGAGGGUGAGCUGGAGGAGCUGGAACUGGUGGAGAGUCCAGGGCUGGAAGAGGAGCUGGCUGACAUCUUGCAGGGCCCCAGCCUGCGAUCCACAGACGAGGAGGAUGAGGAUGAAUUGAUCCUUUGACCCCCUCCCACGACCUCCUCAUAAAGACUGUCCAGAGGCCCAGUCUGAGGGUGAACUUGUGUGGGGCAGGGUGCAUCCUGAAUGUGGCGAGGUCAUGCCACAUUCCAUGCCUCUUCCAGGAAUUUUUUAAUGUGAUAGUGAUAGUCUUAAAGGAGGAAUCAGCAUUUA